AUAAAAUAAAACCCUAGCACCAUCCCCUCACUCUCACGUCACGCUUGCCUGCCCAUCGCUGCUCGCGUCUCCCGCUGCAGCGUAUUUCGUUUUCUCUUUCGAUCUCCACUGCUCGCCGCCAUGGCCAGCACGGAUCCCGAGCGCAGAGACGAAGGGGAGACUGAGGCCGCCGGCGGCGACGACGAGGACACCGGCGCCCAGGUCGCCCCCAUCGUCCGGCUCGAGGAGGUCGCCGUCACCACCGGCGAGGAGGACGAAGACUCCCUUCUCGACCUGAAGGCGAAGCUCUACCGAUUCGACAAAGAGGGGAACCAGUGGAAGGAGCGGGGCCAUGGGAGCGUGAAGCUUCUGAAGCACAACGAGACGGGAAAGGUCCGGCUGGUCAUGAGGCAGGCCAAGACUCUCAAAAUCUGUGCCAAUCAUCUAGUUCUUCCAACGACUAAGAUGCAGGAGCAUGCUGGGAAUGAUAAAUCCUGCGUGUGGCAUGCCACGGAUUUUUCCGAUGGCGAACUGAAGGAGGAGAUGUUUGCUAUUCGCUUUGGAUCUGUAGAAAACUGCAAGAAAUUCAUGGAAAAGGUUGAAGAGAUUGCUGAAUCACUCGGCAAAAAUGAAGAGAAAGAGAGUAAGGAUGCCUCAGCUGCUGCAGGUCUUAUGGAAAAGUUGACUGUCGGUGAAAGCAAAACCGAGGAAAAUGCAAAAAAAGAGGUGCCUAUUGCUGCUGAUGAAAAGAAGGAAGAAGAGAAACCAAAGACAGAAACAAAAGCUGAAGAACCAUCUUCUGCAGCUUAGGCCUGAUGGUGUUAUGCUUUUGAAGAGCACAUUAUAUAUUUUCCUCACCUUCUCUUUAGGGUUUGUGGUCUAUCUUCACAAACUUCUUAGUUAUAUCAGAGACUGGAAAGUGGGACAAAAUGUGAUCAGAUAGAAUGGCCGAGUCAGUCUGUCUUCAGAGUCAGUUGUCUGAAAUCUUGUCAUGUAAUUAGUUGCUCAAACUUUCA